GCAACCAUAGAGAUCAAACGUGACUCACAAAAUGUUCUCGUUUCUCAUCCCAGUUGUACAGGUUGUUCAGGUGGUUAUCGCUGCCAUAGCAUCUGUAGUCUUCUUAGUGUUCGCUGGUAUAACCCUCGGCGCCUCAGUUGUGGGACUCAUCAUAGCUACACCCCUUUUUCUCAUCUUUAGUCCCAUUCUCGUACCAGCCACUAUAACCACUACUCUCGCACUCGGUGGGAUUAUUGGCGCUGCCGCUCUCGGACUGACGGCAUCUGCUCUCGUAUAUUGGCUUUUCAAACAUAGGAUUGGAGUAAAACCAAAGAACAAUCCAGCUCCAAAGGGAGCCCCAACCCAAGCAGAUAAACCAGGAGCAUCGGGAGCAACAUCAGCAGGAACAUCGGGAGGAGCAUCAGCAGGAGCAUCAAGUGGAGCGUCAUCAGGAAUACCGGGAGGAACGUCAUCAGGAAUAUCAGGUGGAGCGUCGGGUGGAGCGUCAUCAGGAACAUCGGGUGAAGCGUCAUCAGGAGCAUCGGGAGGAGCGUCAUCAGGAACAUCAGGAGGAGUGUCAGGUGGAGCGUCAUCAGGAGCAUCGGGAGGAGCGUUAGGUGGAGCAUCAUCAGGAGCAUCAGGAGGAGCGUCAUCAGGAUCAUUGGGAAGAGCGUCGAGUGGAGCGUCAUCAGAAACAUUGGGAGGAGCAGCACCUGGAGGAGCGUUGGGAGGAGUGCCGGGAACUAAAUCUGGAGGAGCGAAGGGAAAUAAAUCCGGAGGAGCAAAGGGUGGUAAAUCUGGAGGAACGAAGAAAGAUAAGCUCGGAGGAGCGAAAGGUGGUAAGUCCGGAAAAACUAAGGGUGAUAAAUCUGAAGGAGCGAAAGGAGAAAAGCUUGGAGGAACGAAGGGUGGUAAACUUGGAGGAGCGAAGAAAGAUAAACUCGGAGGAACUAAGGCUGGUAAAUCUGGAGGAACAAAGGAAGAUAAGUCUGGAGGAACGAAAGGAAAUAAAUCCGGAGGAACAAAGGGAGAUAAACUCGGAGGAGCGAAGUGUGAUAAAUCCGGAGGAGAGAAGGGAGAUAAAUCAGGGAAAGCACCCGGAAAGAAAACAGGGGGGUGCUCAUAAGGAUGAUAUGUAGCAAACUGAAACUUAGUUGUUGGUUCUCAUAAAUCAAACCUAAUGUCCUAUUAAUGUCUCAAAUAUCAUUUCUAUUAAUCUAUGCUAUAAAACAAUGCACGCAUUCA